GGCGGAGGCUGGAGCGAGGUGGAGGGAUGCAGCGCCCCGGGCCUUUCAGCACCCUCUACGGGCGGGUCCUGGCCCCGCUGCCCGGGCGGGCCGGGGGCGCGGCCUCCGGCGGAGGCGGGAACAGCUGGGGCGUCCCGGGUUCCCACGUGCAGCCUCUGGGACGCGCGCAGUUCGGGACUCGCGGCGGUGUCGGCAGCACCAGUACAAGCGGCGGGGACACUAACAGCGCCUGCCCGACCCCCUCUACGAUGUCCAAGGCAGAAGAGGCCAAGAAGCUGGCGGGCCGUGCGGCCGUGGAGAACCAUGUGAGGAAUAACCAAGUGCUGGGAAUUGGAAGCGGUUCUACAAUUGUCCACGCUGUGCAGCGAAUAGCUGAAAGAGUGAAGCAGGAGAAUCUGAACCUCGUCUGCGUUCCCACUUCCUUCCAGGCCCGUCAGCUCAUCCUGCAGUACGGCUUAACUCUCAGUGACCUGGACCGACACCCAGAGAUCGACCUCGCCAUCGACGGCGCCGAUGAAGUAGAUGCUGAUCUCAAUCUCAUCAAGGGUGGUGGAGGCUGCCUGACCCAGGAGAAGAUCGUGGCUGGCAACGCCAGUCGCUUCAUUGUGAUCGCCGAUUUCAGGAAGGAUUCAAAGAACCUCGGGGAUCAGUGGCACAAGGGAAUCCCCAUCGAGGUCAUCCCCAUGGCCUAUGUCCCCGUGAGCCGGGCCGUGACCCAGAAGUUCGGGGGCGUGAUUGAACUUCGAAUGGCUGUGAACAAGGCAGGCCCCGUGGUGACGGACAACGGGAAUUUUAUCCUGGACUGGAAGUUUGACCGGGUGCACAAAUGGAGUGAAGUGAACACAGCUAUCAAAAUGAUCCCAGGCGUGGUGGACACGGGCCUGUUCAUCAACAUGGCUGAGAGAGUCUACUUCGGGAUGCAGGAUGGCUCGGUGAACAUGCGGGAGAAGCCUUUCUGACCCGACCCUGCAGGAGCGGUGUGUGUUCAUCUCUAGUCCCCGGCCCGCGGCCGAGGCGGCCACGCCUCUCCAGGAGCCUUUGCCUUAAUGUAUCUGUGCCAGGCGGACAGCUUGGCAGGGCGGGGGGUGAGGGGCUUACUUCCAGUCUUCUGAAGUAUUGUUAUUAAAUGUCUUUUUAAAAAGAGAAAUAUAAACAUAUAUAUUUUUACUAUUAAAAAUACUCAGCUUUUUUUAUGAAGUAGAACGUGAUUUCAUGUUUUAUAUGAAAUAUUUACCAAAAAUAAAAAGAGAAGAGGACUGACUUUUAAACUUUUAACUGAGCCUGCUGGUUAAGCUUCUGAAUCUUGGGUUUGCCGAGAAAUGUAAAUCGCAACUUUUCUUUAAACUAGUGAAAUGAAGGGCCCGGCCAGCAGUAGUUCCCUGAUGCCUUACUGGAAACUUCGACAUAUGUUUACUUUUCUACCACACUGUUUUGGUUUUAGUUUUUGUUGUGAUCACGCACAAUGUAUAUUUAUGUGUUUUAAGAUGUGAUUUACAAAAGUCUGCUGAUUGUAGCGACGUGGUAUGUAGUGACUCAGAAUGUGUAAAUUAUCAGGGGGGAAAUGUGGGGGCUCUUUUGCUGAGAUCAAGGGGUUCAUUGAGACCCCUGUGGUUGGAAGCAAUUGGCCAGAGUUCCUUGCCAGUACUGCCAAAGCACUGCUGUGAAGCACCUGUAAAUGACUGUCUUGUUUGUUAAUGUUUUUUGUUGUUGUUGUUCCUUUGUUAUUACUUGCAUGGUCUGGCAUCAGAAGUUGUUACCUCUUUAUAUUGUUUGAGGGUUGAAAUAAAACAGUAUGGUGCCGUUUUGA